AGAUGACCCAACAAUCACAACGUACUGACAUGAUUCGAACGUUGGUCAUGUUGAUUGCCUUCUCGUCAUGGGAUUGGGAAUCUGAUCUUUUGCGUGAUGCAUUUGGAUUACAAAGUAUCCUUGCGCGCUGUUUGCGUGAGGACGGUAUGCAAGAAAAGUUCGCAGCGAGAGACGAAGAUUGGCACGACUGGAUCAUAAUCGAGGGGUCCCGACGUGUCAAGAUGAUCGCUUUCACUUACUUCAAUGUACAGACAAUGGCCUACAACUUUCCACCGGUCAUGCUCAACAGUGAAGUUGAGCUUGGACUGCCCUGCUCGACUGCGGAAUGGGAUGCGCCCGAUCCUAAAGAGUGGCAGUUCAUUCGAGAUCGUCUACAGCAUCCCAGUAUCGGGUUCCAAGAUGCUAUCAACAUGCUUUUAGACAAGACCCACACUCCGGGAAACCAGCAUUUGCUUUCACACUUGUCGCCUCUGGCAAAUUUCAUUCUAUUACAGGCACUGAUACAAAGAAUAUGUCUCAUACGUCAACUGAGUAUUACCAAAGACGCCACUCUUCGUGAGGCUGAUCUGGAAGAGAUGGAGUGGAAAAACGUCUGGCAACGAGCACCAGGCUCGACUCUCGACCCUCAGAAUCCCGAUGGCCCGCUUCCCUUUACUUCUGUGGCAUUCUUCUCACUCGCCUCUGUCCGCAUGCACCUGGACCUUGGUAAACAUCGGCGACUUGAUGCACGCGACCCAGCUCAAAUCGCUGCAGCGCUGUUUAACACUCCACCCCUGAUUCGCAGCCCUCGUCUGACCUCAACAUUGUUGCAUGUUACACAUGCGCUCAGCCUACCCGUCAACAUGGGUGUCGAGUACGUUUCACGCAGUCAAAUGUUCUUCUGGAGUUGUCAGCAUUCUCUCUGUGGUCUGGAAUGUGCGGCCUUCCUGUGCAAAUGGUUACAGGCCGUCUCCACGACUUUGGAGGACGAACCACUUACAGGUACGAAUCCUGUAUCCGUCAAUAUUGACACGAGUAUGCAAGCUAAUCCACACCCAUGUACAUANGCUCACGAAAACACCAUUUUGGACUGGGUGCGUAUGCUCGUCAAGGAGACACGUGAGUCAAUCGACCCAGAAGAGCUGGGAGUUACAUCCCAAGUGGAGGUGUCUGCCUUGGACCCUUCUCAAUUAUGCACAAUAGUAUUGAGAAUAUGGGCUCGGGUGUUUGGCGGGAAUACCAUGUGGGCUAUUAUAAGUCAGAUCGGGUCUGCUCUAAAACAACUGGCCGAGAUAAUUGAAACUCAGAGUCGAGGAAUAAAU